UCUGCUGCUUGCUAGGGAUAUGAAGUCCCUAUAAAUUACAGCUUCAACUUCCCUUUACUUCUCACUAUUCUUCUUACUUCUGCAGAUAUGGAUUUUAACCUUCGAUGUUCAGAGUCUAUGCCGGACUUCUCUAUGAUCGGAAUGAUGGAUGAAGAUGUUCCAAGUAGGCGAUCUUCUCCACUUCGCGGCUUUUUCAAAUCUCAGAUCCGAGCUCCAUGCGCUUUGAUCAAGAACCUUCCAGAUACAGACCGGGAGAUUGCGAUGGCCUUUAUCAAAGCGCUCGCAAUUCAACACAGGAAGCUAUCGCUGGAAAAGAAAAAACUUUGGAAGAAGAUUCAUCGAAUGCAGCGCAGGGUCACUGCGAUAUCAAGGGAUCUUCACAUCCUUAGUUCUCACCCCGGAGAGUGGAUUGAGCUUGGAAUCUCCGAAUUUGCUCGUAUCCCGGAUUGUAUGAUGCCAGUUCUUGAUCUUGCUGGUCAAGAAGUUCAAGUGUUCUGCUCUCCGGGAGGGUUUUCCUAA